UAAAUCAUCAUCAUCAACUUGGAGCGAAAAAAAAAUGGAGAGAAACGAGAGAAACACAUGUUUUUACUCCAUUAAUUUAUAAAACAAUAAAAUAACUCUCAAUAAUUGAGAAUACAUAAUUUAAAAAUGGGUGAAUAUAAAAAUAAUACCCCGAAGAAUAUUGAUGGACAAAAGUGUUCACCAAUUGUUAAACCAAUUAAGGAUAAAUGGAAAUUGGUACCAGCAUUUUUAAAAGGCAAGGGAUUAGUUAAACAACACAUUGAUUCAUUUAAUUAUUUUAUAAAUGUUGACAUUAAAAAAAUUGUCCAGGCAAAUAAUCAAAUUUUUAGUGAAGCUGAUCCAUUAUUUUUCUUGAGAUAUCUUGAUGUUAGAAUUGGACCUCCAAAUGAACCUGAUGGAAAAGGUAAUUUACGUCCAACAACACCACAUGAAUGUCGUCUACGAGACAUAAAUUAUACAGCCCAAAUAUUGGUGGAUGUAGAGUACAGUCGAGGUAGUGAUCGUGUUGUUUUACACGAUGUAGCAAUUGGAAGAAUGCCAAUAAUGUUGAGGAGUUCCAACUGUGUUUUAACUGAUAAAUCACAUUUUCAAUUGGCUGAGCUAGAUGAUUGUCCUCUUGAUCCAGGUGGUUAUUUUGUUAUAAACGGUCAAGAAAAAGUUAUUCUAAUUCAAGAACAAAUGUUGAGAAAUAGAAUACUUCUUGAAAAAGAUACAAAAGGUUGUUUUGUUGCAUUUUGUAACAGUUCAACUGAUGAAAGAAAAACAAAAACAACAAUUGUUGGUAAAUCUGGAAAAUAUUAUUUACGUCAUAAUAUAUUUCAAGAUGACAUACCAAUAUGUGUUUUAUUUAAAGCAAUGGGAAUAACAUCUGACAUGGAAAUAAUGCAAUUAAUUGGUACUGAUGAUGAAUUUCAAAAUAAAUUUUUUCAAAGUUUUGAAGAAUGUCAUUUGUUAAAUGUAUAUUCACAAAAUCAAGCAUUAAAAUAUAUGUCAAAUAAACGUAAACAACGUAAUAUACCACAAAAAAAACAGGCUACACCAUCAAAACAAAAUUUAUAUGAUAGUAUGAAAGAUAUUAUAAUGCAAAUGAUAUUAUCACAUGUGCCAGUUGUUGAUUAUAGUUUUAAAACAAAAGCAGUAUAUUUAGCACAAAUGGUACGUCGUGUUAUAAGUGCACAAAAUGAUCCAUCAUUACUUGAUGAUCGUGAUUAUUAUGGUAACAAACGUCUUGAGUUGGCUGGUUCAUUAUUAGCCUUGAUGUUUGAAGAUUGUUUUAAAAGAUUUAACUCUGAGCUACAAGAAAAGGCUAAAAAAUUAAUACCAAAACAAAAAACAUCAAUAUUUGACAUUGGUAAAUACUUGGUUCAUGAUACAAUAAUAACAAAUGCUCUUGUAUUUGCAAUAUCAUCUGGUAAUUGGACAAUAAAACGUUUUAGAAUGGAACGUCAUGGUGUAACACAAGUACUAUCACGUUUAUCAUAUAUAUCAGCACUUGGUAUGAUGACAAGAGUUAAUUCACAAUUUGAAAAAACACGUAAAGUAUCUGGACCACGUUCAUUACAACCAUCACAAUGGGGUAUGUUAUGUCCAAGUGAUACACCAGAAGGUGAAGGUUGUGGUCUUGUUAAAAAUUUAGCAUUAAUGACACAUAUUACAACUGAAGUUGAUGAACUACCAAUAGCAAGAAUAUUAUUUAAUUGUGGUACUGAAGAUAUUAGAAUACUUGGUGGACAAGAAAUUAAUCAUAAAAGUGUACAUACUGUUUAUUUAAAUGGUAAUAUACUUGGUGUUGUUAUUAAUCAUCAACGUUUAUUAAAUGUAUUUAGAAUGUUAAGACGUAAAGGUUUUAUACAUUAUUCUGUAUCAAUAUUUGUACAACGUCGUUAUAAAUCAAUACAAAUAAGUUCUGAUAGUGGUCGUUUAUGUCGUCCAUAUAUUAUUAUUGAAAAAGGUAAACCACUUAUUACAGAAAAACAUAUUGAAGAUCUUGAGCAUGGUAUUAAAAAAUUUGAAGAUUUUUUACAUGAAGGUAUUAUUGAAUAUCUUGAUGUUAAUGAAGAAAAUGAUUGUUUAAUUGCAUUUAAUGAAGAAAAAAUUGAAGAAAAUACAACACAUCUUGAAAUUGAACCAUUUACAUUGCUUGGUGUAUGUGCUGGUCUUGUACCAUUUCCACAUCAUAAUCAAAGUCCACGUAAUACAUAUCAAUGUGCUAUGGGUAAACAAGCAAUGGGAACAAUUGGCUACAAUCAACGUAAUAGAGUUGAUACAAUUAUGUAUAAUUUAGUAUAUCCACAUGCACCAAUGGUUAAAACACGUACACUUGAUCUUAUUAAUUUUGAUAAAUUACCAGCUGGACAAAAUGCAAUUGUUGCUGUAAUGUCAUACAGUGGUUAUGAUAUUGAAGAUGCAUUAAUAUUAAAUAAAGCAUCAAUUGAUCGUGGCUAUGGUAGAUGUCUUGUUUAUAAAAGUGCUAAAACAACAUUAAUAAACUAUCAAUCUAAUGCUAGAGAUGUUAUUAAAUUACCAACUGUACAUAAAGAUACAAAAGCACCAGUAUGGCCACAUGAAGCAUUAUGUACAAAAUCAUUUGAUGAUGCGACAUAUAAAGAAAAAGAAUACAUUGCAUGGAGUGGUACUCCUGCUGUUGGUGCAAGAGUUGAAAAUAGACAGGUACUUAUUAAUAAAGCAGUACCAAAAAAUACUGAUGAUCAAGUUAGUAAUGCAAAUAAAUCAACAAAUGAUAUUAAUGCUAGAAACAUUGAUGAAUAUACUGAUAAACCAAUUUUUUAUAAAAAUCCAGUUGAGGCAUAUGUUGAAAAAGUUAUUGAAGUUGAUAAUGAUAAUAUAAAAAUAACUAAAAUUUUAUUAAGACAAACAAGAAGACCAGAAAUUGGUGAUAAAUUUAGUAGUCGUCAUGGACAAAAAGGCGUUACUGGAUUAAUUGUUGAACAACAAGAUAUGCCAUUUAAUGAUUCUGGUAUUUGUCCAGAUAUGAUUAUGAAUCCACAUGGUUUUCCAUCACGUAUGACAGUUGGUAAAUUAAUUGAAUUAUUAUCUGGUAAAGCUGGUGUACUUGAUGGUAAAUUUCAUUAUGGUACAGCAUUUGGUGGAUCAAAAGUUGAUGAUGUUUGUGAAGAUUUAGCUCGUCAUGGUUAUAAUUAUAUGGGUAAAGAUAUUUUUUAUUCUGGUACAACUGGUGAGCCAAUACAGGCAUAUAUUUAUUCUGGACCAGUUUAUUAUCAAAAAUUAAAACACAUGGUACAAGAUAAAAUUCAUGCACGUUCAACUGGACCAAGAGCUGUAUUAACAAGACAACCAACAGAGGGUAGAGCAAAAGAUGGUGGUUUGAGACUUGGUGAAAUGGAAAGAGACUGUCUUAUUGGUUAUGGUGCUAGUAUGAUGCUCAUUGAAAGACUCAUGUUAUCAAGUGAUGCAUUUAAACUUGAUAUUUGUAAUAAAUGUGGACUCAUGGCAUACAGUGGAUGGUGUCAUGGUUGUCGUGCACAAGGAUCAAUAUCAACAAUGACUAUGCCAUAUGCUUGUAAAUUAUUAUUUCAAGAACUUCAAUCAAUGAAUAUUGUCACAAGACUUUCACUUAAAAACUAUUGUGAUUAAAUAUAUUAUAUAUUUUUAUUAUAUAAUAUAUUUAAUAAAUAUUUAUACUUUUUUAAAUAGGCUUCUUGAUUAUUUAUACUUUAUUUUUUUGAUUGUAAAUGAUAUUUUAUAAACUUGAUAAUUAAUUAAUAAUUAAUAAAGAGUUUCAAUUCAUGUACAAAUUUAUAUUUUGUUUUAUCAAAAAUAGAGGUUUUAUUUUUACAGA